AUGGAGGGAAGAGGAUCCGGGAGUAUCAUCCUACACUUACCGGUAAGCUUUCUACUAUACCUCAUUAUCUUUGCUCAAAGCCAGCCUACAGGACAGAAGUGCGACCCGAACGGCAACUUUCUACCUGACAACGCUCUCCCGUAUCCCCUACCAGCCCGCUCCCAGGACGAUUGGUUCCCAUUCCGCAGUCGAGUCGAAUUUGAGACAGCGGAUUUUCUCUAUACCCGUGUCCAAGCACCAGCCGGACAAAUUGACAUGCUCAUGGACCUUUGGGCAGCGACUCUCCGAAAGCACAACGACACACCUCCAUUCGCUGACCACAAUGAUCUCUACAAGACCAUUGACGCAAUUCCUGUCGGUGAUGUCCCAUGGGAGUCAUUCAGCAUGACUUACAGAGGCCCAAGGCCAGCGCGCGACGUUCCUCCUUGGAUGACAGCAUCAUACGAGGUUUGGUUCCGUGACCCUCAUACGGUCGUCAAGAACAUUCUUGCCAAUCCUGACUUUGGAAAGGAGAUGGAUUAUAGCCCGUACCGUGAGUUUGACAAGGAUGGUGUUCGUCAGUGGGAGCACCUGUUUUCCGGUGACUGGGCGUGGCAGCAGGCGGAUGAGAUUGCUAAAGACCCCUCUACGGAUGGCUGCUGUUUUGUCCCCAUCAUACUCGGCAGUGAUAAGACAACGGUCUCAGUGGCAACCGGCCACACCGAGUAUUACCCUUUGUACCUGUCCAUUGGCAACGUCCAUAACAAUGUUCGGCGCGCACACCGCAACGCUGUGGUACUCAUUGGUUUCCUUUCAAUCCCAAAGACUAAUCAUAGGUACACCGGCGACCCCACGUUCCGACACUUCCGCCGACAGCUUUAUCACUCGUCACUUUCUCGGAUCCUUCAGUCUCUAAAGCCUGGAAUGACCAGUUACGAAGUCGUCCGUUUUGGCGACGGUUACUAUCGGCGUGUUAUAUAUGGCUUAGGGCCGUAUAUAGCUGAUUACCCUGAACAGGCAUUACUAGCUUGUAUCGUCCAGGGCUGGUGUCCAAAAUGUCUGGCUUUUCGUGAUGACCUUGACGGUGGUGAUAAUCCGCCAUUGCCACGUACACGCGAACAUGAUGAAGUCCUUACCGAGGAGUUGGAUCUCGGCUCGUUAUGGGAUUUCUAUGGUCUAAUCGGGAAUGUCGUCCCAUUUACGAACGACUUCCCGAGGGCAGAUAUCCACGAACUCAUCACGCCCGACAUCCUACAUCAACUAAUCAAAGGUACCUUCAAGGAUCACCUCGUUGAAUGGGUUGUCAACUACAUCAGCCAAGAGCAUCCGAAGGACAAGGCAAAUGCAAUACUUGAUGACAUCGACAGGAGAAUUGCUGCUGUCGCGCCCUUUGCUGGCUUACGUCGAUUUCCAAACGGCCGCGGCUUUAAACAGUGGACCGGGGACGAUUCAAAGGCGCUAAUGAAGGUCUACCUCCCAGCUAUCGAGGGCCAUGUCCCCCAGGACGUGGUGCGCGCAUUUCACGCGUUCCUCGAGUUUUGCUAUCUUGUCAGACGCGAUGUACACACGGAGACAACACUGCGCCAGCUUGAAGACACGCUCGAGCGCUUUCACAAGUAUCGUCAAAUCUUCAAGACCCUUGGUGUCGUCACGUCCACAUCCCUCCCUCGACAACAUUCCCUCACCCACUACGUGUUCAUGAUCCGCCAGUUUGGGGCACCAAAUGGGCUCUGUUCGUCGAUAACCGAAUCAAAGCAUAUCAAGGCUGUCAAAGAACCCUGGAGACGAUCAAGUCGGUUCGAAGCACUCAAACAGAUGCUAUUGACGAACCAGCGGCUCGACAAGCUUGCAGCUUUUCGUGUCGAGGUGGCGGCGAGAGGAAUGCUCCAGGACACGGUUCUCCCAAUCGGAGCAGACGCCCUCAAGAAAUGUAUGCUUGGAGGCAGUGUAGAGGAUGAGAGGGUCCAUACAACUGAUAGGCAAAUUGAGGCAAAGGUACGGUUGGCCCAUACCAAAGCACGUAAGCGCGCACACACUAUUCCUGAGCUUGCUCAGGAACUCGAGCUCCCCGAUUUUGAUCUCAUAUACCAAAUCCGUUGCUUCCUUUACAAUGAAGCCUUGCCGUCGUCUCGGCGUGGUACAGAGGACCUCUCGCUCAUCCCUCUUUCCCAGCUCCCUCGGUUCAACUCUACAACCCGCAUAUUCAUGUAUAACUCAGCCAUUGCAACGUUUCGAGCCCCCAGCGACCUGUCUGGACUACAUGGGAUGCGCCACGAGCGAAUUCGGUCAACACCCAUGUGGAGAAGCGAGGCGCCACGUUGCGACUGCGCGUUUGUCUCAGCUAACAAGGAGGUUGCAGGGAUGCUUGGCAUGGAGGUCGUCCGUGUACUAGCCUUCUUCUCGUUUGAUUACAAUGGCAGCCAGCACUCAUGUGCUCUAGUCCACUGGUUCUCUCGUAUGCGGGAUGAACGAGACCCAGACACCGGUAUGUACUUGGUAAGCCCUGACUGGAAUGAUGAUGAUUCUCGGUCACUUGCUAUUAUCCCUGUUAGUUCGCUCGUUCGGGCCGCUCAUCUUAUACCUUACUAUGGACCUCAGUUCGUGCCGGAGGCUCUGAAGCACUACCACUCAUAUGACAAGUUUUAUGUAUUCUAUGUUAAUCGCUACGCUGACCAUCAUGCAUUCGAGAUAGCCUAG